GUCAUAGUGCUGUGCAAUGGCGUUUCCAUUACCGCGAGUCAUUUGAUUGGCCAUACAGCGUCACAUGUUCACAAGCGGAAGGAAGCGUUAGUGACCUUCGCACAAGGUGGAGCCAAUGCGAGCAAAGUCCGCCUCGAGUGGUUGUCAUCGGUGGUAAUUUGUGAUGGUGGCCACGCCGAGAAGGGUAGUUGGGGAGAAUCUCGAAUUGCACGUGUUAGCUAUGCGGAUGAUGUUCUGGUGAAACUGGCGCGGCGAUCUUACGAGCUGUAUGGAGAGUUGGGCAAGACGUCGGCGGAGCCUCUGAUGUGUAAAACAGGCUGCCUCGAUGUCGGCUUCAAAAGAGAGAGUCUUGACAAGCUCGCGCAAACCUACGAUCGUUUGGCUCAGCCUUAUCAGCGCCUGAACCACCAUGAGGUUCAACAGCGGUGGCCGAUGCUGCAAUUGUCAUCGGAAUAUGUCGAGGCCUCUGUGUACUGCCCCCUCGGGGACGCGGUUUGCGCCGGGGUUGUGUUGGAAGCCUUGAAGGAUCAGAUAUUGAGACACGGGGGACCAGCCGCGAUGGUGGACGACCCUGUGGUACAAAUUGACCGCCAGAGAAAGACAGUCACUACUGCAGACGGUUCUGUCAUUCCCUACUCCAAGCUCGUGGUUGCAGCCGGAAUUUGGACCAACCGCACACUGCGGAAAAUGUCACUGCCUCUUCUGCCUUUGGUUUCUAGCAUCGAGCAGCAAACGUACUACUCAACUCCACCAGGCAUGGAAGAUCUCUACAGUUCCAGCCACUUGCCCGUAAUCAUCGAGCACAACCCACCUCCACAGCCGCAGAUGAAACGCCGCGGAGGUUACAUGAUCCCGCACCUGAGCAAUGGGGUAGACGGCGUGAAGUUUGGGAUGCAUCGGCAAGGACCUUUGCUCGACAACGAGGACUUCCCCAUGGCACCUGGAUCCACAGCAGCCAGUGCGAAACAUUUCUCCUGCUCUGCUACCCGUGGUCACGACGUCUGGUGCAGCAGGUGGCCGGAGGAGGAGGAUGCCCACCUUCGGGCCGAGACGGACGCUUUCUGCAAGCGCGUCCUUCCUGGGUUGGAUCCGUCAGCGCCCCCUGCCCUGACCAUGCGCUGCCCUUAUGACCAGCAGCUCUAUGCGGACGAGGAUUUCGUGGUGGGUGUGCACCCGGCGGAUCCGGAUGUCAUUGUUGUCGGUGGCUUUGCUGGCGAGGGCUUCAAAUUUGGACCUGCUAUCGGCGAGAUGGCUGCUUGCCUGGUGACCGGUGCGAGCUUCAAGGUGCCGGAAAGCUACCACCGCUUUCGCCUGAACCGGAAGACUUUGAUCUGA